AUGGACUAUUUUGAUGAUGAGCCUCUUGAGUCUGAGACCAAAGAUGAGACAGAAACCACACCAUCACUGCAGAACAGCGAUGACAUCCUCUACUGCGAAGCCGAAGCCCCUCCCAGUGUUGAGAAGGAGAAACCCACCAGGGAGGACUCAGAAACCGACUUGGAAAUUGAAGACACAGAGAAAUUCCUCACCAUCGGACAGAAGGAACUGUACCUGGAGGCCUGCAGACUGGUGGGCGUAGUGCCUGCCUCCUACUUCAUCCGGAACAUGGAGGAGUCCUGCAUGAACCUCAACCAUCAUGGGCUGGGCCCCAAGGGUACCAAGGCCAUUGCUAUAACUCUGGUGUCCAAUACAACGAUCCUCAAACUGGAACUGGAAGACAACGCCAUCAUGGAGGAGGGCGUCUUGAGUCUGAUGGAGAUGCUUCAUGAGAAUUACUACCUCCAGGAGCUGAACAUGUCUGACAAUGACCUUGGUUUGGAGGGAGCAAGGAUCAUCUCAGACUUCCUCCAGGAAAACAAUUCUUCACUCUGGAAACUGAAACUUUCAGGAAACAACUUCAAGGAGGAAUCUGCAGCACUUUUAUGCCAAGCCCUGUCGUCCAACUACCGAAUUAGGUCACUGAACCUCAGCCACAACCAAUUCUCUGACAUAGGAGGGGAGCAUCUGGGACAGAUGCUAGCCCUCAAUGUAGGGCUCCAGUCGCUGAACCUAAGCUGGAAUCACUUCCACAUUCGGGCAGCUGUGGCCCUGUGUAACGGUCUCCGGUCUAACGUGACCCUGAAGAAACUGGACGUGUCCAUGAAUGGCUUUGGGAAUGAAGGCGCUCUGGCUCUGGGGGAUGUCCUCAGACUCAACAGCUGUCUGGUCUACAUCGACAUCAGCAGAAAUGGCAUCACCAAUGAGGGAGCCUCCAGAAUCAGCAAGGGACUAGAAGUCAACGAGAGCCUCCAAGUGCUGAAGCUUUUCCUGAACCCUAUGAGUAUGGAGGGGGCAGUUUAUCUCAUCAUGUCCAUCAAGAGGAACCCCAAAUCCAGGAUGGAAGAGCUUGACAUUUCCAACAUUCUGGUAACAGAGCAAUUUGUGAAAGCCCUGGAUGGGGUCUGUGCCAUUCACCCCCAGCUGGAUGUGAUAUACAAGGGAUUGCAGGGUCUCUCCAGCAAGAAAACCGCCUCUCUGUGGACCAACCCCAUGAAACUGAUCCAGAACUACGCAGAACAACAGAAGAUCUCAACUGUGGAGUUCUUCAAGAGCUUGAAUCCAGCGGGAUCAAUGAUAAUGCCUGUGGGGGACUUUCGGAAAGCCAUGAUACAGCAAAACAAGGUCCCCAUCAACCGGUACCAGGUCAGGGAGCUCCUAAAGAAACUGGAUGAGAAGAACGGUAUGGUGGACUUCAGCUGCCUUAUGUAG